AUGCUGGACCUCAACAAAGACAGUGGCCCAAGGCCCAAAUGUCUUGUCACGACCACGAAACUGUCAAACUUCCUCAAUCAUGAACAGCCACCUACGAAGAAGCGACCUUUAUCCACUGUGCUCAGUCAGAAUUUCACUCACACUCUUGACCUUCUCCUCCCCUCCUCCUCCUCGGCAUCAAGACUGCAAGACUCCUUGAAAAACGGCACAGGCACUCUCACAUACUCCAAAGUCCACAUGAAACCCCUCGACCUCAUCACUGGCGACUUCUUCACCGAGUACAUCAAAUCUCCCGCUUCAAACAUUCUCAUGUUAUCCCAAGGCCGCGCUGGUAUUGAUCCCAUCUACUCCUUGGCCGAAGGCGUCCUGCACAUGGAAGUCGACAAACCUACUUUCGAGAAGAUGGGCCUGCAGGGAAAAGUCAUUGAUCGCGAGAAGACUUUGGGCAGAAAGCACGUUAAGGCUAGGUACGAAAUUGAGCUUAACCUGAGGUUACCGUCUAUAGUGCACGGCAAACCUGGAUUCGAGAGGCUCGUUUGGGCGUUUAAGAAUGUGCUUGUUGAGAGUGUGACGUGGUUGUUUCGUGACUUGAAUGGUAAGGAAGAUGGGGGCGGUGUGAUCAAGGAGUUUGCGCCGCUUGUAAGGCAGAUUGAGCCACAAGUCGUCACCAUGGCGAAAGCGCUUGUGCCCUUUAUGCCUGCAGAGCUGAAGGAAGAAGACUAUGCGGAAUCUGCUGAGAUUCUGGAGUGGAUUUCUCUGGCCAUGAUGGGUUCACCACGGAUCCGGGAGAAGGAUGAUAUGGACUCGCUGUUCUCGCGGUAUCAGGUUCCAGGCAUAUCUGGAGACCCACAGGGCGAAGAUUUGGUGAGGCUACGGUGGCGAGGUCUCAUUCCUGGACAAUUCGCGUACAAAGUUUUGCUUGCCGCGAUGAAGGCUUCCGGAGACAAAUGGAUGGCGGUAACGGGCACGGCUUUCGCUGGUGAUGCUUACGCAGUUCUCGUCAAGGAUGGAUAUAGCGUGACUUGGGAGUACAAGGACUGA